AUGAACCAAGAAAAUUUAUCACAAUCUACCAGUUGGAUACCACGACCGUAUACAUGUGAAGAAGAGAAGCAUAUUCAGAACAAGUUAAAUGAAAAGCUCGACCCUGAACUUGUUGCUUAUCGCCCCGGACCCGGACACACAAGAGUUGCGUAUAUUGAAGGACGUCAAGUCAUCAGUUUGGCUAAUGAGAUAUUUGGAUUCAAUGGAUGGUCUUCUAAUGUCAAGGAAAUUACUAUAGAUUUUGUCAAUGAAAUACAAGGAGGCAGAAUACAAGUAGGCGUUUCCGUUAUUUUGAGAGUCACCCUUAAAGAUGGGACGUAUCGAGAGGAUGUUGGAUAUGGGUCUGGUGAGUUUCCGAAGAAAGCAGAUGCAUUCCAAAAGGCUAAGAAGGAAGCUAUGACUGACGCGUUAAAGCGCACCCUGAGAUCAUUUGGUGAACUGUUAGGAAAUU